AUGGACCCAAAUCCAAAUCCAAAUCCAAAUCCAAAUAUGGAUCUACCUCCUCCGACUCCGAUCACCACCACCGAUCACCUCACUGACCCAUCUCAGGCUAUCAUCACCACUCACCCACCUUACCCCCAGAUGAUAGUAGCUGCAAUUAGUGCUCUAAAAGAUAAAGAUGGGUCAAGCAGACAAGCUAUUUCCAAAUACAUUGAAAAAGAAUUUUCAAAUUUACAACCCACUCAUGCUACUUUGCUCACUAACCAUCUUAGAAGAAUGAAGAUGAAUGGUCAACUCAUUAUGGUCAAACAUUCUUAUAUGUUACCACCUGUUUUGUCAUCUGGGUCUACUACUCUUGUUUUUGCUGCUGACAAUAAUAUUAAUAAUAAUACUAAUAAUAACAACAACAAUAAUAAUAAUUUGGAUAAUUUGGGAUCCGGGUUGUCGAAAAGGAAGCCGGGUCGUCCUGCGAAGCUAAAACCCGUUGUACCCGGGAUAUCGGCUGUGCAGAAUCAGAUGCCUAAUGUUCAAGUUUAUAAUGCGAAUGUGAGUGCGAAUACGAAUGCUGUUGUGCAGCAGCAGCAGCAGCAGGGUUAUCAGCCACAGUUUCAGUAUAAUGUAGGUGGUGUAGGUAGUGGUCCGGAUAUUCAGGUUAGUUACGUGGCGGGUGUGGGUGUUCCUGACCCGCUUCUUGCUUCAAUUGGAUUGGGUGAUGACCGUGUUGCUGUUACGUCGACUGGAGGGAAUACAGCGGUGGUGGCGAAAAGGGGUCGUGGGCGUCCUCCCAAGAGUGGCGGUCGUCCUCCAAUGAGUGGUGUCCGUGGUGCUUUAAUUCAGAGGAAGGAAGCUGGUGCUGGGGGUGAAGUUCAAGGAAUCGAGAAGAGAGCUGGCAAGCCAGGGAGGAAGCCGAAAAGUAUUACGGCGAUGAUGGCUGCUAAUGGUUUAAGGGUUAAGGCACGAGGUAGACCGAAGAGGAUUGGAGUUGGGCCGGUGGCUGUGCCAUUGUCUGGAAAUGCGUUGAAGCCAAAAGGAAGGCCGAAGAGGUUUGCCGGACCAAUUGUGUCUGUUAAUGGUGGUGUUGGUGAAAUGGGAUUUGUUAAAAAAAGACCUGGUCGGCCUCCUGUCAACCAGAUCGCUAAUCUGACUGGAAAUCCUCUGGGCAGGCCGAGCAAGAGUGGACCUGGGACGGCAGUACUGGUGACAGACCCCCGACAGCUUGUCGUUUAUCAAGAAUUGAAGAACAAAUAUGAGCUUCUACAAUCAAAAGUUAAACACGUGGCAACUGUGGUGAAAACCUGCAUCGACCCCGUCUAUGGAAAUGCUGCAUUAGGGGCAUUACAGGAACUGGAAGCUCUAGCUGGAGAAGCCAAUGCACCAUAACAUGGUCAAACCUAGGAACUGGCAACCCUUUUCCCUGUGAUUAGGUCUUUUAGCAGCCAAGGUAGAUGCUUGCAUGAGAAUUUAAUUUAAAAGUUGGUUAAGUUUAGGCGAUCCUGAACAGGGAUUUAUUAAGAAGAAAACCGUCAUCCAUGAACCCUUUGUUUCCAGUAUGUAUAAAAGUAGUCAUGAUAUGAUGCUAACCAACAACUACUACUCAGAUGGUUUCUAUUCAUUUGUGUUUCAGUUUUUCUAGGAUGUGACACUGGUAUGUUCCCCUUUUGGGUUUAUGACCUUUUUUAUGCACUCGGUGGCAGGUAUUGCCAAAUUAAAUCAUCACCGAUACAUAAUGGAUGGUCAUUACUUGAAAUGGCUCUUUGAAUGUGUAAA